CACCUCAGCAUCCUGGAGGGAAAGCUGGAGGCACAGGACACGGUCAUACACACCCUCAGGGCCCAGCACAGGGACUCGUUUGUCCAGGAGCGCUACAGCCAGUACGACCUCAGUGACCCCUUCCUGGCCCUGCAGCGGGAUAGCCAAACCAUGGAUGACUGGUCCCCCUCAGACCCCCAGGGCAGCGUGGUGGGGCCCAACCCUCUGGCUGUGCUGAAGCUGGUCAUGGCCCACUGCAAGAGGAUGCAGGAGAGGAUGAUGGGACAGCUGGCAGCCGCAGAGAGCAGACACAGGAGGGUGAUUGCAGAUCUGGAGGAGGAGAAGCACCGACACGCGCUGGAGUCCGCGCAGGAUGAUGAUGUCACCGUCAUGCUGGAGAAGGAGAGGGAGAAGCUACUGCAGCAGUUGGAGGUGGAGCGUGCAGCAGUGCGUAAACUGCAGAGGGAGCAGGAGAGGGCAGUAGGCCAGGCAGAGGAAACUCUGUCCCAACAGCAGCAGCUUUCCUCGGCCCUAACCCUGGAGCUCCAGAGAACCACCAGCCAGGCCUUGGAAGAGGCCCAGAGAGUCAGCCAGCUCCACCUGCAACUCCAGGAGGAGAGCUGUACCGCAGAGAGCCUGAGGGGGGCCCUGGAGGCAGAGAAGGGCAGAGCAGAGAGCCAGCUGGCUGAGUUUGACACGGAGAGGGAACAGUUAAGAGCCAGGAUCAGACGAGAGGAGGAGAGGAGCAAGGAGCUAGAGAGAGAGGUGGAGGAGCUGAGGAGGAGGUUGGAGGCAGGAGGAGAGGAAGGAAUGGUGAGGGAGGCGCAGGAGACUGCGGUGAAGGAGGUGAAACAGCUGAAACAGUCUCCUCCUUCAAAGAGAGUGGCGGCGUCAGCGGUGGCAUCAGCGGUGGCGUCAGCGGCAGUGGUGGUGUCCACCUUGUGCCAGACAGAGCCUGAUGGGAAGGCAAGCGUCGCCCCUAAAUUGACCCCUGUCUCAAAGGUCAACGGCCAUCACCCUAACCCUCCGCGGGACACUGACCCCCCUCAGGAGGGCGGGGCUAUGGAGAACGGUGGGGUAGAGAGCGAGUCCGGAGCAAGUCUUCACUCCCCUCUCCACCCUCACCCUCCUCACCCCCACUCCCACCCUUACCCUAACCUCUCCCCCUCCAGCACGGCCUCCUCCUCCCUCUCCUCCUCCCCCAUCUCCUCCCCCACGCUGGCUAAGCGCCUGGUCAGCCCCGGUGGCUUCCACACGUCCUCCUAUCAGGCUGGAGUCAACCAGCGCUUCCACGCCGCGAGGCACAAGUUCCAGGUGCAGGCUGAGCAGGAGCAGCUCCAGCAGGGUAGCACGGCUCCCCUCUCCCCCCGAGACCUGUCCCCUACCACCACCCCCAUCCCUCCACCCUCAGAGAACAGCACCGCCAAGCAGCUAGCCCGGAACACCGUCACCCAGGUCCUGUCCCGUUUCACUAGCCAGCAGGCAGGGGCCAAACUCCCCCCACUGAACAGCUCUCCGUUUGGGACUGACUACCGGAGCCUGGCAGCCUCCCCUCCCGGGGGGAAAACCUCACCUGGAGGACCCCUGUCUCCAGGUGUACGCUCGCCCCUCACCCCUCGGUCCGAGAGGUGCCACCCGCCCCCCGUUCCUAAGAAACCGGGUAUGAGCCCCUCUCCAGGCUCCCCCGACCCCCAAUCCAGGGCCAGCGUCUUCCCAGAGCUGACGGGGGGCUGUGGGCUAAGCAGCAGUGGGCAGGAGGGGGCUAAGGAGCCAGACCUGGUACUCUCCUCUGGUAGUUAACAGCUAAGGGCCACGGCAGCUAGAAGCUGAUCUAGGAUCAGCAUAGCCUUCCCAAAUCCUUCCCAUCUUCAACCAUUAGGGAGAAAACACAAAACGGACCUAGGAUCAGUAUCUGUGAUCAGCUUUGUCUUAUUCCCCAAGGAGCCAGUGCUCUCCUCCAGCAGCUAGCAUCUAAUGGCCUCCCUCAUUCCAGAUACGCUAGUUGCUCUCUCCCAUUUGCACUUGCUCACUCACCUUUAGGCCCGGGAUUCAAUACGAGCGCUCUAGUCAACAAUGCAGCUUUUAAAGACAAUGUUACUGUGUUCGAAGAGAUCGCAUUCAAGGUAAACGCUGCUGAUGUCAGCUCAAUCGGAAAUGACCUCAGCGAUGGUAAAGAAAGUGAGACAUCUCACAGGCUAAUUUUUUCUGGUGGGGGCGGGAGGGGCGAGCUUUGGGCAUGCUUUCCCGUGUGAGCUUUCGCGGGAAAGCAUGCUCACACAAGAGAGGGAACGCCCACUUACACAGAUACGAACUUUGACAAUUUUUUUCAAUGGUAAACAGCCUUUUUGCGACAUCUUCAUUAUCCACCAUCUUUGAUUACCUUUAAACGUCAAGCGCUUUAAUGUGGGUCCACCGCGGUCUGGAUUGAAUCCUGGCCUUAAUCUCCUGGAUGUCCUCCAGCAGGCAGAAACUGCUCUGCAACUGUCUACCUACCGCUACUUAUACAAACUCUGUAGGCCCUAUUUUGACCACAUAAAUUAGCCACUUAGUAUCAAAUGAAAGCUCAAACACUACCUAGCAAACUGUCUGAAACACUGUCUAGUUCAAAUGAAAUCUAUAAUAUACAGGAAUUUAUUGAUUUAUAAUAAUUAUUUUAUUUUGAAUUUAUGGAUAGUUUUUUAUUCUUUUGAUUUGUAAUAUAUCUUUAUACCUAGUUUCUUGUAUUUCAUAGCUAUGUUUAAAGAGUGAUCUUAUUAAUUAUGCAUUUAGUUAUUCUAGGACAUUAACUGAGUGAGAUAAAAUAAGAUCUCCGUCCACGUCCAAUGAAGCAAUACAAAGGCUGCAUGGAGAAGGGAGUCUUUACAUGGCAACAGGACACAAAUGGCAUCUGUUGAUUACACAUGUAGAUGUAUCAUAGCACUACUUAUAUAGAUGUAUGCUCCCGUCUGACUUUCCCUUGAGUAGUCUGUACUGUAGCUUAUCACCGUAUCUAGCAGUACCUGCACUGAAAGUUAUCAUGACUUUCAUUUUAGUUUGUACAAGAUGACAUUCAGAACAUAGAUUACUAAAGCACAAUGUUGUAAAUAAUACAAAUCAUUCAAAAGCAUAAUUUGAAGCUCUUUGCAUGACACCCCGUUAUGUCUGGUCAUAUUUACGUGUCGUCUACUACAUACACUAGAAUAGUGAAUACACUGGAUGUUUCACAAGGGAAAAAGCCUUCCCUAAGACAUACCUUACACUGGGCCAUCCCUAAGACAUACCUUACACUGGGCCAUCCCUAAGACAUACCUUACACUGGGCCAUCCCUAAGACAUACCUUACCUUACACUGGGAUAGAUAAAUAAGGUGACACUUAAAUAUAUACAACUUUUUUAUUCAGGGACAAUUUCUUAUUGUUUUAUCCAAAAGGGACCAAAUUCAGAACAAGCGUCUUGUAGGCUAAUAUUGUUAACAUGGAAUUGAGUUUGAACCGUCUAUCCUUGUGUUUAUAGCCUAUAGUGACAGACUGGUUUUAUACCUUUGAAGUCCUCCCAGACCUUUUGGCAAACUCACAUUUUGUUGAUAUAAAGGGGACUAGCUAGGGGUCAGAUCUGUACCACUGUAGCAUUCUUUUUGUAACUGAGUAGACCUAACCCUAAAUCUAUUUUUACACCUUUGUCAAAAUGGGAACAAGUGGGAAGUCAUUAAUGACAUGACAUGACUACUGUGUUUCAUAACCUGAACCUAACAAUGUCUUGUCACUUUUGUUGGUCAUAUAGGUCUUAUAUUUGUGGUAUUUAAGUAUGUUUUGUAAGAUGAUAUUAACAAAACAGGGCACAACGAUAAGAAAGCUUUUACUCAUUCAAAAUAAUCUCUUGCUGUCUUCCGGAAGUUCCCUAACCCAAACUAUUUCUAAACAUUUCUGUCUUCUAAUUAUUCUAAAUGUACACGAGCAUUUUUCCUUAUGUAUUAUUUCAGAACUGAACUAUGCAUAUAAUGAUUUUGAAUUUCAAAAUAAACAUCCCAACCAAGCAUCAA